GCAACACGUUUACUCCAUUCUGAUUGGCUGUCUCCACGCUGCUGCUGAUGUGGUGCUCCGAAGUUAGCAAACCUGGUUAGCCGAUUCAGACAGAUUCUUUGGUAUAAUAGUAACUUUGCUUUGUUAGAAUAAUGCCUUACUAUCAGACUUGGGAAGAGUUCGCCCGUGCAGCAGAAAAACUAUAUCUGACAGAUCCCAUGAAGGUCAGAGUGGUUCUGAAGUACAGACACUGCGACGGCAACCUCUGCAUUAAAGUAACCGACAAUGCCGUGUGUUUACAGUACAAGACAGACCAGGCCCAGGACGUGAAGAAGAUCGAGAAGCUCCAUGGAAAACUGAUGAGACUCAUGGUGUCCAAGGAGACGCACAGCGGUGCCAUGGAGACGGACUAAAAUGCACUAGAGGCCCUGACCUUCUAGAGCACCUGGACUGAGUUCAGUGGACACAGUGGUUGUUGAGAGCACAGUUCCAUCCAAGUGCGAUGUGGAGUCUGAGAGAUGGGUGGUUGUAAAGAGGGAAUGUGGUGAGAGGGAUCUGGCUGCCUACACUCAUUUAAUACUGUCAGAGAUGUGAGCUGCAUACUGUAUAUAUUUUAUUCUCAGGAUUUUGUUUUUUAUGAUACUUUCGUAGUCAUUAAAAAUCCCAUUAUUCAGCUUUUCCUUGUCAGGCAUUUUGAUCACAUCCCUGAUUGUAUUAAUAUAAAGUAAGGCUGCUGGUAAAGGUUAGGACAUGUAGAGAUGGGAAAAUGAGAGGGGGUGGGGGGACUGUGGGACAAAAUGUACAAAAAGUACAAAUCCUCUGCUGCGGUGUUAGCAGCUUGGACAACUUGAUUUCUUUAGAGGAGCUUGCAUUUUUUUUUUUUUUUUUCAGUUUUAAAGGAGGGCAAGGAAGACGUUGCAUGUUUUUUCUAUUUACAUCUAUGUUGGAAUCAAUUUCAGCACAGCAACUGGUGUCAUUUUGUUUGUCCUCAUGGACUUGUGCCACAUGAAUGAAGCAGGACCUUCUGAUUCCCUAACGAUGGUGUGGAGAAACCCACGAUUUCUACGGAGAAACUCCCACACCUCCAAAUGCCAUUUUGUCUGAGAAUAACUGCGUGAUGUUCAAUAAAUGUUGAUUUACCA